AUUUUAUUUCUCUUGAAAACUUUUCAUAAGAAGUCACUGUGUUUCUUUCUUUCUUCCUUGAGCAGCCGCCUUAGAUGAUAUAUUUAUCCAUAUGUACUCUUUUCUGUGUUAAAGCUAGAAUCUUUGUGAUUGGAUGAUAAGUCGGAGUUGCUUGCCGGCUGCGGCUGAAUUGGGUUUUCCGUUGGGUUCUGGGUUUAGAAAUUGGAGGAGUUUGAGCGCAAUGAUUGAGUUUUUGGGUUAAUGUGAAAUUUGGUCAGAGGUUCGUCAGAGCUGGUAGGUGAUGUAAAUUAAAGAAAGAAAAGCAGAUUGACUGGUAGAUCAGAAUACAAAACCCUAGGAAAGAAGAAAAGGGUGAAGAAGAAGUAUUGUUUGGAAGUGGGAGAUAAAUGCUCUAGAUUUCAAGUUCUAGUACCGUAGGUUGAUUACCAAAGAAAGCCCUAGAAAAAUUAAGGAAAAAAGAAUUCAGUAAUUAUGCCGGAAUUGGAUAAUUCCCCUACUGCUUCCGGUGAAGUUAGCGUCUCCUCCUCAGGUAACCAAAACCCACCUCCCAAACCCACCGCCAAGAGAAAGCGUAAUCUCCCUGGAAUGCCGGAUCCAGAUGCGGAGGUGAUUGCUCUGUCUCCGAAGACUCUGCUAGCUACGAACCGAUUCGUGUGCGAAAUUUGCAAUAAAGGAUUCCAAAGGGACCAGAACCUGCAGCUUCAUAGGCGAGGACAUAAUCUGCCAUGGAAGCUUAGGCAGAGGUCAGGCAAGGAAGUGAAGAAGAGGGUCUAUGUCUGUCCCGAGGCUACUUGUGUCCAUCACGAUCCCUCCCGCGCUCUGGGCGAUCUCACCGGAAUAAAGAAGCACUUCUGCAGAAAACACGGCGAGAAGAAGUGGAAAUGCCACAAAUGUUCCAAGAAAUACGCUGUGCAGUCCGAUUAUAAGGCUCACUCCAAGAUUUGUGGCACCAGAGAGUACAAAUGCGAUUGUGGGACUCUGUUUUCCAGGAGGGAUAGCUUCAUCACGCACAGAGCUUUCUGUGACGCGUUGGCAAAAGAGAGCACGAGACCUGAAACUCAGUCUCCGGCAAAGAAACAGAAUCAGAAUGAGGCGGUGGCGAAUCCCAAAUUUGAUUUGGACCCGAAAUCUCAGGCAGGGGAUUCAUCUCCGUCAGAAGCACCACCACAAGCACCAGAACCAGCUCCAACCCCAGCUCCACCAGGACCUCCUCUUUCUCAGUCAACUGCAGUAGUGUCUUCUUCUACAGUUUUGCCUAUUCGAAGUUCAGAGUUGCCAGAAAAUCCCACUCAGAUUGUGGAAGAAGCACCAUUGCCAUGUGGCCUCAAUGGAAGCUGUAGCAGCAGUACCAGUUCAGGCAGCACUGGUAGCACUAGCAGCAGUGUCUUUGCAAGUUUAUUUGCAUCAUCAACUGCAUCUGGAAGCUUACAACCCCUUCAACCCCCUGGAUUCACCGAUUUAAUUCAAGUUAUGGCACACCCAGAUCACCCUGUUGAUCUUGCUCCAUCUUCAUCAACAGACCCGAUUUCUUUGUGCCUCUCAACCAACCAUGGAUCGUCUAUAUUUGGUACUGCAGGGCAAGAGCAUAGGCAAUAUGCACCACCCGCACAGCCAGCUAUGUCUGCCACGGCAUUACUGCAGAAAGCUGCUCAAAUGGGUGCAGCAGCUACUAAUGCAUCACUGUUUCGUGGAUUAGGGAUAGUUUCAUCAUCUUCACCGUCCGCACCACAAGAUAGUUUGCAGUGGGGUCAGAGGCAAGUGGAGGCUGAUAAUGCCUCUGUCCCUGCAGGACUCGGACUGGGGCUUCCUUGUGAUGGAAGUUCUGGAUUAAAGGAAUUGAUGAUGGGAACUCCUUCUGUAUUUGGUCCUAAGCAAACUACCCUUGAUUUUCUCGGAUUGGGGAUGGCUGCUGGUGGCAAUCCUAGUGGUGGCCUGUCAGCUCUAAUUACCUCUAUUGGAGGUGGUCUUGAUGUGGCUGCUGCAGCAGCAGCAUCAUUUGUAGGUGGAGAAUUUGCUAGCAAAGACAUUGGAAGGAGCUCAUGACCAUUUGACUUGGGGAGAGUGUGCAUUGUACCCGGGCAUCUGAUGUUGAACGCCUGGAGUUGCAGAAGGAACAAAUCCUAAAUAUAUAACCUUCCAUAAAAGAACUGCCACUGAGGAGGUUCAGUUUAGCAUGAGUCCUGCAAGACGCAGUUCGGUCUUAAAUUGUUCUGCUUCCUUCUUCUAUAUGACCAGGUCGAGAAGGAAUUCCUCAUGUCCCUCAUGGCAGCAGUAUGGACUUUUGUAGUAUAGGUAAAAUGUGGAGACAGCAAACUGUUGUUAUCCUUGUGCGGAUGCUAUGGACGGAGUAUAACUAGAAGCACUAUAGUCAGGUGAAUUGGUGAUUGAAAUUGCAAGCGGGCAUUCUUUGUGUUGGAUUCAUCAUCAGAGAAUUAUGUUUGGUUCCAGAUCUAGGCUAAUAGUAGUCCGGAAAGGCAGUUGGUAAAAUGAUGAGUUGGAUGAAGGUUCCACUUUUUUUUCUUUUUUCUUUUUUCUUUUUUUGGUCCAAUCAACCUUUCAUUCUGUUGUUCCGGUAGGAAGUUAAUUUUGUUGUAUUAUUUAUAAUAUUAUAUGUAUUUAUUUAUUUAAUAUUAUAUUAUAUUUAUUUAAUAUUAUAUUAUAUUUAUUUAAUAUAAUAUUAUAAUUAUA